AUGGCAGAGAAGGUGGUGGAGGUGGAAGAAGGAGCAGAGACAACACAAGUGGAAAGGAAGCUGAAAGAGCGAAAGGUAUCAUGGGCAAAGCUGCGGCGCGUAGACUCCCUCAAUUUGGAGGCCGGAAGAUUCUCUCUUUCACAAAGCCACGCCUCCAAGGUAAAUUGGAAGACAACGUUGAGUUUAGCAUUACAGAGCCUUGGGGUGGUAUAUGGGGACAUAGGGACAUCUCCGCUCUAUGCGUUAUCCAGCACUUUCAACCAUGGGAUUGGCAACGUAGAGGACGUACUUGGGGUGUUGUCCCUCUUCAUUUAUACCAUAGCACUCAUACCCAUGCUUAAGUAUGUUUUCAUUGUCCUCUGGGCCAACGACAAUGGUGAUGGUGGAACAUUUGCACUAUAUUCUUUGGUAUGCAGGUAUGCAAAGGUAAGCUUAAUUCCAAAUCACCAGCCAGAGGACACGGAGCUGUCCAACUACAGACUAGAAACGCCAUCCAACCAGUUGAAACGGGCUCGAAAAAUCAAAGAGAAGCUGGAGAAUAGUAAAACUGCCCAGCUUGCGCUCUUUAUUGUCACCAUCGCGGGAACUUCUAUGGUUAUUGGGGAUGGGGUACUUACUCCCUCUAUUUCGGUCCUUUCUGCGGUUAGCGGGAUCAAAUCCCUAGGCCAAGAUGCUGUUGUGGGAAUUUCAGUAGCAAUCUUGAUCCUUAUCUUUUCGGUUCAGCGAUUUGGCACUGAUAAAGUGGGCUUCGCAUUUGCCCCUGUCAUCUUAUUGUGGUUUGCCUUCAUCAGUGGCAUUGGUCUUUACAACCUUUUCAAAUAUAACUUGGGUGUCUUACGUGCUUUCAACCCAAUGUACAUUAUACAUUACUUUAAACGAAAUGGUAAGCAAGGAUGGAUUUCCCUUGGUGGAGUUUUUCUGUGCAUAACAGGUACCGAGGCCAUGUUUGCUGACCUAGGUCACUUCAACGUCCGUGCAAUUCAAAUAAGUUUCACUUGCGUUACAUUUCCUGCAUUAUUAGCUACAUAUAGCGGACAAGCAGCAUACCUCACCAAAUUCCCUCAGAAUGUGUCAGAUACUUUCUACAAGUCUGUACCAGACCCAAUAUACUGGCCAACUUUCGUUAUUGCUGUAGCCGCAACCAUUAUUGCCAGCCAAGCUAUGAUAUCUGGGGCGUUUUCAAUUAUAUCUCAGUCCCUAGCUCUAGGUUGUUUUCCAAGAGUUAAGGUUGUUCAUACAUCUGCCGAGUACGAGGGUCAGGUUUACAUUCCCGAGAUCAACUACAUGCUUAUGGUAGCUUGUGUUAUUGUCACUGCAGCCUUCAAGACCACAGAGAAGAUCGGCCAUGCAUAUGGAAUUGCCGUUGUAAGCGUAAUGGUGAUCACAACAUGUAUGAUCACUUUAAUAAUGCUAGUUAUAUGGAAGACAAGCAUAUGGUGGAUCGCUCUCUUCUUUCUAGUGUUUGGUUCCAUAGAGGUUUUGUAUCUAUCAUCUGUCCUAUACAAAUUCCCACAAGGUGGCUUCCUUCCGUUGGUUUUUGCUUUGUUCCUGAUGACAAUCAUGGGGAUUUGGCAUUAUGUACACAAGAGAAGAUACAUGUUUGAGCUCAGGAACAAGGUUUCUAGUGAUUACGUAAAAGAAUUGGCCACCAACCCAAAUAUUAGCCGAGUGCCAGGAAUAGGGCUUCUGUACUCUGAGCUUGUACAGGGCAUUCCUCCAAUAUUUCCUCACUUUAUCGCCAACAUACCAUCCAUCCAUUCUGUUCUGGUAUUUGUCUCAAUUAAGUCCAUUCCAAUUAGUAAAGUUGCAGCAGAGGAGAGGUUUCUGUUCCGACAUGUUGGGGCAAGAGACUACAGGAUGUUCCGCUGCAUUGCAAGGUAUGGUUACAACGAUGUGAUAAAGGAAGCCAAGGAUUUCGAGCUCCAAUUAGUAGACCAUUUGAAAGAAUUCAUCCGCCUCGAACAAUUCAUGCUUGAAGGAGAGACUGGGGAACAAAUGGCUGAGCCAGUCAACAUCCAGCAUUCCAGUAUAUUAGCGAAAGAUAAAAAAGCAAGAGGAUCAAGUCGAUCAACCAUCCACGUUGAAGAAUCACUAGGACAGCCUCACCCAUCUGGUGUGUCAUCAGGUUCCAUUCAGUCAUUCAAUGCGGGAAGCUUAACAAAUUCUUCUAACCGAAUUAUUUCUGCUCCGAUCCAGGGAGUUGAAGAGGAGAUGCAGUUUGUGCAGAAGCAGAUGGAGAAUGGUGUGGUUUAUCUCCUGGGAGAAGCAGAAGUGGUGGCAGAGCAGAAAUCAUCCUUGCUGAAGAAGAUAGUUGUCAACUAUGCGUAUAAUUUCUUGAGGAAAAACUUUAGGCAAGGGGGGAAAGUAAUGGCAAUUCCACGUUCGAGGCUUCUCAGGGUUGGAAUGACAUAUGAGAUAUAAGAGUGAGGAUCUCUAUGGACCACGAAUAUGUUGUUUGGAACCUGACAUUUUCGCUUUACACAUAUGUAUGUAUUCUUGUGCAGUGGUUUAUGGCAGUUUGUUUGUUAAUUUA